GCUGGAGGACUCCCUACAUUCUUCCUCCAUUACCUCACUGCCUCCGGUGGCUGCUGGGAUACCGGCGGACUCGGGUCCCGGCUCGGCUCAGUCCUCCAGCUGCCCGGGGAAUACCUCUAGCAGUUCUCCCCUGCCGCCACCGCCGCCGCGCCGCUUCCUCCUCGCCCGCCCGCCGGCCACCUUCGCCCCGCCCCAUCCGCGCCGCGCGUCCGGCCCGCCCGCGGGCCCGCUUCUCUCGGGAGCCCCCACCCAGGCGCAUGGCUCCAUGAAGCAGGAGGAGCAGGCAGAGCGCGAGAGGUCCUGUCCGCCCCGGCUGCGUCUGGGCCAGGAGAAAAGGUACAGGAAGAAGGGAUGGAAUUGGAAGGAAGGAAAUUCAUUUCAGAGACAAAAUAGCUCCCCUCCUCUGUUAUAGCUGUUCUGCUGACUAUACAAACUUUCUUCUUUCAGGUUCUGCAGCAUUCCAGACCUCAAGCACUGCAUCAGGAUGGGAAAAAGACGUUGUGUUCCUCCACUCGAGCCCAAGUUGGCAGCAGGCUGUUGUGGGGUCAAGAAGCCCAAGUUAUCGGGGAGUGGAGCGCAUGGUCACGGGAACCAGUCCGCAACUGUCCCCUGCUCUAGUUCAGGCCCUCUUCAAAACCACCAGCAUGUGGAUGGCAGCAGUGGCCGGGAGAAUGCGUCGGACUUAACUCUGGCACCUGCAAACUCUCCCAUCACGCGAAUGAAUCCCGCUUCAGGUGCGCUGAGCCCUCUUCCCCGGCCCAAUGGACCUGCCGGCACCAAGAGCCUGGUGGUGACCGCAGAGAUGUGCUGCUACUGCUUUGAUGUCCUCUACUGUCACCUGUACGGCUUCCCACAGCCACGGCUUCCCAGGUUCACCAAUGACCCCUAUCCACUCUUUGUGACAUGGAAGACAGGGCGUGACAAGCGGCUCCGCGGCUGUAUUGGGACCUUCUCAGCCAUGAAUCUUCAUUCAGGACUCAGGGAAUACACGUUAACCAGUGCACUUAAGGACAGCCGAUUCCCCCCCUUGACCCGAGAGGAGCUGCCUAAGCUUUUCUGCUCCGUCUCCCUCCUCACUAACUUUGAGGAUGCCAGUGAUUACCUGGACUGGGAGGUAGGGGUCCAUGGGAUUCGAAUUGAAUUCAUCAAUGAAAAAGGUGUCAAACGUACAGCCACAUAUUUACCUGAGGUUGCUAAGGAACAAGGCAUGGCUUCCUUCCUGCUGUCUGGGACUCCUAAAAUCACCAACACAAGGAUGGCCACACAGAGGAAUACAAGCUGCAGAACUGGAGUUCCCUCUUGCCGCAGAACAGCCCUCUGUACCAGCUCUUGGCCAGCAAGCCAGGCUCUGUUGGGCCCAUGCGUGUUUCUAGAUAAUUAUGCUGGGAUCACAUCUGACGGAAGGACACAGGGCAGGCGUCCUGAGGACAGCCGUUACGGCCUGCGCUGGGCUGUCAUUUCAUGUCUCAGAGCUUCUGCUCGGACUGCCGACUGGGAUCAGAUCCAGACAAUAGACUCCUUGCUCAGGAAAGGUGGCUUUAAGGCUCCAAUUACCAGUGAAUUCAGAAAAACGAUCAAACUCACCAGGUACCGGAGUGAGAAGGUGACAAUCAGUUACGCGGAGUACAUCGCUUCUCGGCAGCACUGUUUCCAGAAUGGUGGUCUUCAUGCCCCGCCCCUCUACAAUCAUUACUCCUGACACACGGCUGCACGACCAGCCCCACCCCCCUGUGGCCACCAAUGGCUACGACAUCAUUGGAGCAGAUGCCUCCUCCUCCUGGUCCAGUUACUUCUAUUACUGCACCAUUUUAUGAUGCUAGCUUCCGUUGCCAAGUCUGCCUCCAGCCGACCGAGGGGAGCGGGGUUACACUGAAUGAAGCAGAACUUGAGGGGCCCAAGCCUUAUCUCAGCCUUUCCUCAAUACGGGGUUCCGUUGGAUUGGGGCUCCUCCCUGACUAGGAGAAUUACCGUGUGGGUUCAGAAGACCCUUGGCACGCAGGUGCCUCUGGUGAUUUGCCUCCUGUGUUGGCCACACCUCGGAAGCUGGAAUUGAUGAUUGCGAAGGCUUACCCCACACACCCCGCGGCCUCCCCUGAUUGAGUAGGCAUACUCCCCUGGCAGUCUGGGCAACGGAGACCAACAAGAAACAUUUUUAGGUUGUUUUAAAUUCCAUUUUUUAAACUUCCGGUUUAUUGCGUACCAAGAGUUGAUCACAACCUCCAUGCUUCAUAUGUGGAUGCCAUGUUAGGGUUGAACGUGGCCACCAUGAGUUCUUGGAGGCUCCUGGAUGGAGACACACGUCCAGACCGGAAGCCCUCAGGAUGGCGCUGCAGAGCUCGUUGCUGGGUUAACCCCGAAGGUUUCAAUCCUCACCCCGUGCACAGGUGGAUUCCCAGCACUCUUCCUGCACUGUGUCUCCUGGCGCGGCCUGCGGAGGACCGGACUGGGGUGCCCACAGGAGGUCCCCCUUUCCACCCGGCUACCUCCCUCCUCUUGGUGGUAGUGCCUGUAGCUGGUCUAGGAUCUCAGGAGGCACAGGUGUUCAAACAGGUACUGGGGCUGGGCGGUAGGACACGUCGUAGGAGAGACCCAGGGUCUCCAGGUGGGCUUUCUCUUCGGGCAAACAUCCCAAGGGACCUUUGAGCAGAGGAGUUCCUUUGUCUGGUUUGCCUGUAGACGUAAGAAGACUGGAUGUUUCAGGCCUUUACAGGACUUGAGAACAAAGCUGUGUAAUUAAACAAGGUGAAUAUCUGCCUAACAUGCUGGGACUCUUCACCCACCAUGGCAAAGUUCCAAACAGCUCAUUUAUUCUAGGUCAUUCAGACUCACAUGGCACAUCUCCCUCACUGUUGUCGCCGAUUCCAAACAGCUGUCAGCAGGUUUCCCCUCCCUCUUACCUGUUCUUCACUCGUUUGGUGGCAAAGUUCGUACAAGUUGGCGACUUAAAGGAUGCUUUGAAAACACUGUCACAGCGGCACUGCUGAAAUGGUUCAUGAGAAGAGGUGGCUCUUGGAAGGAAGGACCCUCGGGGAUACACUGGUUUUCAACAUGCUUAGAGAACUCUUGAAGUGGACUGGGUGUCAACCCAGUGAACACAGUGUUGAUUUAAUUUAUUUUGAAGUUUAUGUGGUGAUGGUGUGGCUUUCCGAAAUGGGCAAUUCAAGUCAAAAGGUCUUUUGAGUUUUCUUCUGCCAGGCAUGGGGGAGGGGGAGCAGGGACCCAGCUGAAGGAACGAUGUGCGUACUACUCUAGGUGCCGUGGCCCCAUUCCGUGGGAGAGGGAGCAGGGUGAGCAGGUGUGCUGGGCACCAUCCUGUGCCAUCCACGAGGACGUGGAGUGUGCAAGGGUAGCGUGCUGGCAUCCAGACACCCCAUCUUGCUGUGGUGCUGCGUUCUCACGUCCUGCACUCUUCCCGUGCAAGGUUUAUGAAAAAGCUUUUGAAGAUGAAGGGAUUGUUUUGAUUUCCUGCUGCUGAGAAUAGUAAAUGUCUUGUUACAAACGUGAUGAGUUAUUCUUAGGUGCCAUGGGUUGAUGUCAGGGUGGACUAAGCCACCCACCUCCAAUUUGUACAACAGUAUUGGUACAUAGGGCUACACUCAUUACUGUUCAAGUGUUCUAUGUUAACAGUUGUGUUUAAUUUCUAAAGAUUAAAAAAAAAGCAAAAAAAUGGUGCUAAACUUUCACCCCUGAGCACGCUCAGUGAGACUGGUCAUGCAAGCAUUUACAGUGCCAUGCUCUUCAAGCCUAAUUUUUCUUGUAGAAAUGUUGCCCUAUUUGUCUUCCCCAAUGUGUAAUAUGUUUCUAAUUUUAUUUUAUUGAGGGUGGGGUACCUGCCAUUUAAGAAAAUGAACAGAAAAAUUUUAAACCCAGAAAAUGGGAAGAAAAAAAAAAAUCAGUGCACAAGAAUUGGGCUGCAGAAGCCCAGUCCCACCCUGAAGUGGUUUUGGAGUGAAGAAGCCUUACCCCCUGCACAUUCCCUCACGCUCCCGUCCUGGGCCAGCAGUGGACAUGCUCGAGUUCCUCUUGCCUUGCCAAGGGGACUCAGGAGUCGACCAAGGAAAACGACUUGGCCCUGUAAGGAAUGGCACUGUCAGUACAGUCCGUCCUAAAUGGGCCCAGUCAGGAAGCGGUCUGGGCGUGUGUAGCCAUGGUCACCUCCUGAAGCUGUGUGGCAGGUGGCUCUCAGGAAAAAUACUAGGUCUGGAUCAUCCAUGUGGCAGCUUUGCAUAGGGAGACAACAGCUCUGAACUGGAAGUGAACUGCCUCCCACACGGUUGACCAAAGCAGUGAAGAGGUGGCCAGUACCUGUGGUGUGAGUGGUAGGUUUAAAGAGAAGGGAAUGUUUUCUGCUUGGUGUUUCCUUUGUCCCUGGGCUGCUCAAGCCGAACGGUAGGUAACCACUGUUUUCAAGGAACCAGCCCUGGCUGGUUUGAUUCGGAGUUUGUUUCAUCCCUAGCUGUGAGUGCCUUUUGGUCUGGAAAGUUGGCUUGUCUCAUAAUACCCACAGCUAGGACAUUCUCUCUGUAAUUAUGAAUUGUCCUGUUUUACACUGAUUAAAAGAGAAUGUCUUUGAUCACUAGAAUUUGUCAGUUUUGGAUUGUUUCCACCGUGAGGUUCUUAAAACUUUUUUGCUUCAUAAUGUUAAAGCAACUCAUGUUAAGAGACCCUUUCAAAAUGAAAGGUUUGUAGUUGAGACAUUACAUAUAUUUUAUUGUUUAUAAUAAAAGUCACCUAUACAAAAGUCCUGGGUGUUAAUUUUAAUAUUUGCACAAGAUGUGUUUUCCAUGAUAUGUUAACUCCUACAAUUUCACUAACCGUCAAUGUUAUUUUCUAUCGAUAUUCUGGAGCUUAGGGAGCUAUGUGUUCUUUCUGUUCAUUUUCAUUCUUAUUUCCCUGAAGCAAGAGACUUUGUAUGGCCUUCAGUGCAAAGACUUCAGACCAAUUCUUUGUAUUACACUUGGUUGCCUCUUGGCUAUAUAACUUCUGAGUGCAAAUCAUUGAACUCUUUAACGAAGUAUUGUAGAGAAUAAAGCAUAAUGGGUAAAAAUU